GGGGCCGGUCCGGCGGGGCUGCCGCGCUGGGCCAGACUCAGCCCCUUUCUCCCGCCGCCGCCGCUGGCUGCGAGCGCGCUGCGGCGGCUGGAGCUGCCCCCAGAGCGGCUGGUGAUGGCGGCGGCGCGGGCUCGGCAGCGGGAGGCGCCCGCCCAGCCCUGCGCGCCGCGCCGCUAGCGGCAGCGCCCGUGCCCGCGGCGGCCGCCCCGGCCCAUGCCCCCGGGGGGAAGGGGGGCUGCAGCAGCCCGGCGAGCCGCCCACCCGCGCAGCGGGGGCAUCGCCCCCACUCGCCGCUCCUGGGAGGGCGGAAAGGAGGCAGCGGCGGCGGCGGCGCCGGCAUUGUGCGCGGCGGAUCGCAGGCCCCGGCGGCGCGGGGCUCGCCUGCCUCCCGCCCCAGCCUCAUGAACCAGCCGGACGGCUCCGCUCCGGCGGCGGCGACGGGAGCGCAGGCCGACGAGAGCAACAGCAGUGGGCGGAGGAGCUCUUCCAGCAGGGAGUGUUUGAAGAGGAGCCCACGGAGCCCGAAAGCAGAGGGCUCCGAUUCGGUGACAUCUCAGUCCUCACCCAGUGAAGAGGCUGGAAUGAUGACUGAGGUGAAGGUGAAAACAGAGGUACCAGAUGACUAUAUCGAAGAGGUGAUCUGGCAGGAUGACACCAAAGAUUCCAAGAAGAACAUAAAAGAUGGGCCGGGAGACGUGCCCGCGGAGAUCUGCGUGGUCAUAGGCGGGGUCCGCAACCAGCAGACGCUCGAUGGAAAAGCAGUGGAACGUGACUCUCCUGUUGGAUAUACACGAAAUCGAUAUUCAGGGACCUGGAUUUUUGACCAUGCAUUGAGAUACACGUCCGGGUCUUACGAGUGUGGAAUAUGUGGGAAGAAAUACAAGUAUUACAACUGUUUCCAGACCCAUGUGCGAGCGCACAGAGACACUGAAGCUGCCUCAGGUGAAGGAGCCUCACAAGGCAGUGCCCCUCUGGCUGCGGAAAGGGAGAAGAAGCCUCUCUCCAGAGCUGUCUUUGUGCUGCCCUGGAUGGAAUCCACAGAAACAAACAAUUUUAGGUACACGUGUGACAUUUGUGGGAAAAAAUAUAAAUAUUAUAGCUGCUUCCAAGAGCACAGAGACCUACAUGCCGUGGAUGUUUUUAGUGUGGAAGGGGCCCCAGAAAACCGGGCAGACCCCUACGACCAGGCCGUCAUAGCAGCAGAUGAAGUGAAGGAGGAGGAGCCGGAACCGUUCCAGAAGAUUGGUCCAAAAACUGGCAAUUACACCUGUGAAUUCUGUGGCAAGCAGUACAAAUACUACACUCCCUACCAAGAACAUGUGGCACUGCAUGCACCUAUUAAGUUCUCUCGAUCUCCACUCUUCGUGGCAGUGAAGACACAGGCGAGCCAAUCCAGCAAAAAAACACCGGCUUCAAUAAACCGAUGUUCUACCCUCCUGCACCGCACCCCCUCCGGUGUCCCACCGGCAUCCCAAUCCCAGAUGUUCCGCGCUCCAAAUUCUGGAUCCCCAGGAAGCAAGGCCAUUACAGCAGAAAGUGCUUUCAGCAGGAGAGUGGAAGGCAAAGCGCAAAACAACUUUGAAGAAACAAACAGCAAUUCUCAGAACUCCAGCGCUGUUCAUUCGGGGACAGAAAAACCUAAAGAAAAGAGGUGUAAGCAGAACCCAUCAGAGCCUUACACCUGUGGAGCUUGUGGAAUCCAGUUCCAGUUUUAUAACAAUCUCCUGGAGCACAUGCAGUCCCAUGCAGCUGACAACGAGAACAAUAUUGCCUCUAGCCAGCCCAGAUCGCCUCUAGCUGUCGUUGAAGAAAAGUGGAAACCGCAGCUCCAAAGAAAUAACGCCAACAAUACAUCCGCGAGCGGUUCGGUAGGGAACAGCGCGAUCCCAGAGAAGGAGCGGCAGAACAUUGCCGAGAGGCUCCUGAGGGUGAUGUGCACUGACCUUGGGGCUCUGAGCGUGGUGAGUGGGAAGGAAUUCAUCAAGCUAGCGCAGACCCUGGUGGAUAGCGGAGCUCGCUAUGGUGCCUUCUCUGUCACCGAAAUCCUUGGCAAUUUCAACACACUGGCUCUGAAGCAUUUGCCUCGGAUGUACAACCAAGUGAAGGUGAAAGUCACCUGCGCCCUGGGCAGCAACGCAUGCCUUGGCAUCGGUGUCACUUGCCACUCGCAGAGCAUCGGCCCCGAUUCUUGCUACAUCCUGACGGCUUAUCAGGUGGAAGGCAACCACAUCAAGAGUUACGUCCUGGGAAUUAAGGGCGUAGACAUUCGAGAUAAUGGUGAUUUUAUCCACCACUGGGUACAAAACGUGCUCUCGGAGUUUGUGAUGUCGGAGAUCAGGACGGUGUACGUCACGGACUGCAAAGUCAACUCCUCUGCGUUCUCCAAGGCAGGCAUGUGCUUGCGUUGUUCGGCCUGUGCCUUGAACUCAGUAGUGCAGAGUGUGCUGAAUAAGCGAACACUACAGGCUCGCAAUAUGCACGAAGUGAUCGAGCUCCUGAAUGUCUGUGAAGAUCUGGCAGGAUCCACGGGCCUCUCGAAGGAGACCUUUGGCUCCCUGGAAGAGACCUCUCCCCCACCCUGCUGGAACUCGGUCACCGACUCCCUCCUGCUCGUCCACGAGCGCUACGAGCAGAUCUGCGAGUUCUACAGCAGGGCCAAGAAGAUGAACCUCAUCCAAAACCUGAACAAACACCUGCUCAGCAACCUGGCAGCCAUUUUGGCUCCGGUGAAACAGGCGGUGAUCGAGCUGAGCAACGAGAGCCGGCCCACCUUGCAGCUGGUACUGCCCACCUACGUCAAACUGGAGAAACUGUUCACUUCCAAAGCUAACGAUGCUGGCGUAGUCAGCAAACUCUGCCACCUCUUCUUGGAGGCGCUGAAGGAGAACUUCAAAGUCCAUUCGGCACACAAGGUAGCCAUGAUCUUAGACCCUCAGCAGAAGCUGCGGCCCGUCCCACCGUACCAGCACGAAGAGAUCAUUGGCAAGGUCUGUGAGUUGAUCAAUGAGGUGAAAGAGUCCUGGGCAGAAGAAACAGAAUUUGAACCUUCAACCAAGAAGCCUCGGGCAGCAGGGGAAGCCACAGCAGCUCAGGAAGAAGAUUGGUUCGGGAAAAAUGAAGUCUAUGAUUAUUUGCAAGAACCUCUCUUCCAGGCCACCCCUGACCUGUUUCAGUACUGGUCGUGUGUUACCCAAAAGCAUACAAAACUAGCCAAGCUAGCCUUUUGGCUCUUAGCAGUGCCUGCUGUUGGUGCCAGAAGCGAAUGUGUAAAUAUGUGUGAGCAGGCUCUCUUAAUCAAAAGGAGACGGCUACUCAGUCCAGAAGACAUGAACAAACUCAUGUUUUUGAAGUCCAACAUGCUUUAAGACUGUCUUUUAAUUAAAACAAAACUUUAAAACACUGUUCCAAACAAAGAAAAAGAAUUUUAAGUUCUAAACACUGUGGACCUCAUUAUGAAUGCCCCUGGAAACCAAGUGCUUUUUUAUAUAUAUAUAAAAAUAUAAAUAUAUAUAAAAUUAAGUUUGAAAGGAAAGCCGAGCACGUGAGAGAGACAGCCCUCUGCCAGGAACGUGCUCCUUUCCAUAGAUAGUGUGUGGACUUGACAGACUUUCUAAUGUUUUCAAGUGGGCAGACCAAUGGGAGGCUGAUGUUCUAAAGUCUUCAGGCAGCUGAGAUCUAAAGUGACUUGAAGUUUCUUUUGUUUCUCCUCCACCCCACCUUUCCUCUUGUCCCCUGGGCCAUCUUGCCAUGGAUAAUCAGACUACAUUGAACAGACCAGUUCUGCACUGGACUUUGCUCCUUUGAAUAACUGUACACCUUGAGGGCAUUUGUCUGCAGCCUUCUUGACAUACAGUGCAUGUUAUCAGGGCAGCUGUGUUUUAUGAACACCGGUAUCUUUAGAAAUCAGGAAGGGAGACUUUAAGGGUUGUUUUUAAUUUUAUUUUUAACUUUUUUCAUAGACGGUUUUCGCAAAAAAAAUGAAAGUUACUCUGCUAUCUCCACUCCCAGUUUUGAGUUAAAACGCGUUAGCUAGUGCUUAUAAGCUUGAUUUAAAACUAAGAGAAAUGGUUCAUGGCAGAAAAUGUCUGUGUUACGUUUCUUGGAUAUUUUUUUUUACAGCAUAACUUCUUUUCUGAAUUCCCAGUGUUAAUUAACUUCUCUGUGAACUCUGUACAUCAGGGGUCCUCAAACUUGUUCUAGAGUAGCCCGUUCGCAAUUAAAUAAUAUCCUUAUGGGAACCACAGCAGUUGCUCAUACGCUAGAAACCAGGAAAAGCAAGCACGCGGUGACAGCACAGAUGCCUGUGGGCCACCAGCAAGCUUGCCGGGGUCUGCCAGCUGCCAUUGAGAACCCUUGUACCUCAACUUUUUGUAGACCUUCUCAGUACCCACACUCAAAGUAACCUUCGCAAGGCCAAGGACAAACCAAGGUGUAUGAUUUUUCAGGGGAACAAAGAUCAUCAGUUUUGUCAAACUGGGGUUUGAAGGAAGCUUAGAGAAGUGCAUGGGCUCAAAGAUCCUUCUGAAUGUAAGUGCUCCUGAUUGAGUGCAAAGAAUAUCUUCCCAUUUUGUUUGGAAUGGUUUCCUCUAGUAGCACGAAUGUCUUUUUAAUACCUACAGUGCAUUACACUACUUGUUAUGUUGCUGAAUCAUUCUGGCUAGGAAGGCCGCGGGCCCUUAAACGUUCACGCUUACCGACUCACCCCAAAUGCAAUUAGAGAUCAUCAUAAUGCAAAAACAUCUCAGUCGCUCUGCUGUCCACCGAGGCCGGUGCUCCGCUGUGUCCCGUGCCUGUAGGCACAGUUCCUGGGCUGCUGGACGAGAUCUCCGCAGGCUGUCAGGUUUGGUGCCUCUUGGACAAUUCCCAUCUUCUGGUGCCAAACUGUAAAUUUUUCAUCACUGGGACUUGUAUCCCGGAGGCAAAUUGAAGCAAAUUCUUAUUUUUGGAGUAGUUUCUCCUGCUUCCAGUAGCGUGCUCUGGAGCUGCGGUCACAGCGGCAGCAGAGCAGCGUUGGUGGUUUGGGAGGAUGGACGCGCUGGGCCCCGAGCAGGCAGGCUGGGGGCUGGAGCCCUUCCGCGGCGCAGGGGUGGGUUCUGGUUGCUGACAAUGCGGUGGUGAGACUGGGGGCCCUCCGUGAAGUGCUGCUGUUGAACAGAUCUUAAACCAAAUCCCGCCUGCCCGUCUCUGGUUGUAAUAGAAGUUGCAAGUCCCAAGACGUGAGAAAUGGCAAACCCAAUCUCUCAGGCUUCGUGAGCAGAUGCCUUGAACCUGGCAGGCACCAGCUGGCAGCGUCACUGCCAGGGGGCGCAGACAGGGAACGGUUUGCGUGGCAGAGACCUUCCCUAGGUCAAGGUCGCUGAGGGUGGCUCUUUGCACCCAGCUCUCUUGCCCCUUUCAGCCUGGAAGCAGCAUCUGCCGUUAGGCCUGAGUGUAGCAUUUGGGUUGACCUCUCGGCACUGUGACCGGCAUCAGGGCAAAACUACUCGUCUCCUAAAUGUAAGUUUUGCGUAUGGAUAUCUUAAAAGACACAGUCUGCAACGCCCCUGACAGCUGCAGGGGGAGCAGCACUUGAAGAUGCGCUGCCGAGGCAGAGGCGCUUGGAGAUCGGAUUUCUCUGGCAGUGGUUUUUGCAAACGGAGGUGUUGGUUGUAGGGCCAACUUUUCUUCCUGCCGGUUUUAUUUUCUCCCGUACAAAUUCUGCCCGCCCAGCCACCUCUUGCGCCCACGGUACCACAUCUGUUUGCACUCGCAGUGCAGGAGAAGCCUGUAACAAACCAUAACUAAGUCUCCAACUACAAAGCAUUUGUGCUGUGCUGCUGUUCCCACUGAAAAGCACAAGGUGUCCUGCUGCAGGAAGACAUGGCUGGAGGCUGAAUCCAAAGCAAGGUUAGCUUCUGAGGCUGCAGAGUGUGUGCCCUGCAGCUCAGCUGGUGGGCAGAACUGGGGACAGGAUUUGUAGUUCUUUCUUCUCGUGGCACCUUUUAGCUUGAGACCUGAGACCCUGAGAGCCAAUCCCAGGCUCGUCGGUGCUCGGGCGAACGUGCAAAAACCUUUGCAUUCCUUUGGAAAGAAAGCUCCAAACCCCAGCACUCCUUUGCUACGGGACAGGCUGAUGAUUUCUGUGGGAUUUGACAACUGGGGCUCAUUGUGUUGUCUGUCUGCAAGACAUUAAGGGUGGGGAGUGGACGACGCAGAGUUAGCACAGGUUUAAAUCCUUGGAAUUGAGAAUGAGGUAAAAUUGCAAGUCAUUUGUGCAGUCGUUUGAUGCCCGGCCGUGCCCAGCAGAGAGCUGGACCGUGGCUGCACAGCCAGGACACGCAAACAGAAAGGCCGCAGCCACCAUUAACUCCCAGCCCAUCUCCCCUUCCCCUUUUCCCAGUGUGGUUUUGGCAUCAGAUCAAGAGCUUUCUUCCUGUGACGACCAAAGAGAGGGAUUGAGGGGCCCUCUCCCCCGGCCGAGUAACUGUCAACUCCAAAGCAACUUUGGUUAUAGUUGCACUAAUGAUGGAUGUUAAGCAAACAUGCAGCAUUGUCUGCUAGAUGAGAUUCUCCCAAAGACUUAAAAACUCGACGUAGUAGCUGGAAAAGCAAAAUAAAACCCAAAACCCUAAAAUGGAGCAGUCUGUGAGAAGAGGAGCUGGUUGGCCAGCCGCCUUCUCCAGCGACUCAGUGGAAGAAGCCGCAGCUUUUCAUGAGGCUUAAUGUAGUCACAAGAUGUUCUGCUCAGAGGAGCUGGUCGAUGUUCUGCUCGUGGCGUGUCUGCUCACAGGCUGACUCGUCUGAUGUACUUCGGCUUCAUUAACAGGAGGGAAGCACAUCUGGAGCACACGUAUUUACCCCGAAUGCCAAACUUUUGCUCCUAUUUCUCCUUACCUCUUCAAGACUUGGAUUUGCAUUCUAGGGAGCAUAGAUGCUUUACCAAGGUGUGAAUUUUGGAAGCUCUUCAUUUGCCAGGUUACUCCAACCGAAACUAUUCCAUGAUUCGGUUCUGUGGUUGGCUCAGUGGUGUGGAGCAGCACUCGCGCUGUAAGGAACAUUGUCCAUCCUGGGGUGGGAGACCGGAGAGGAGAGGGUUUCUUAGUUUGGCCAGGGCUGUAAUGAGGUUCUGCUCCAUCGGAGCUAGGAGGAGAAGUCCUCAGAAUUGGGAUCAUCCUCUGGUAGGUCACGUUGGGAAUUUGCCUUCUGCUUGUUUGUUUCCUUUACUUGCACUUGAGAAAUGUGGUGGGAUACAAAAGUGGUGUAUGUGUCCUCCAGGCUUUCAUUAGUUUCUGCUGCUUACUCUGUGCCUGACCUCGCAGACUUCUCUUUCUGACUUCCCAGUUUGCUGUGAGAGGGGUUGUCAUCUUCAGGUGGGGAGCAAGCACCAGCAGAAGAUGAACUGUAAAGAGUGAAGGGCCUUCCAGUCCUGUCUGAACAUCCUUGUUGCUAGAAAACGGAGAAAGCAGGGUACAAAGGCAGAGCUCUUCAAAAGAGAAGGUUGUUUCUGUGUGAGUACAGCAGCCAGAGGGUCAGUGGAGAACGUGGAGCCCAAAUUUCUCUGCUGUGGCUGUCUCUUCUCCCAUGUCUCUACUGGUGGCCAGUAGUUGUGUUCUGGCUUGCAAGGUGGGCUUGGUGUUUUGUGCCUGGGUCGGUUUCAGGUGGAAGUAAACUUUUCUUUUUGUCAAAGCUCUAUGUCUGUUCGAAGAAAACUGAUUUGGUUGUAUUUGAACUAGUGCAAUCUGGAAAACUGUCUGUGAAAGCCGACUGCGGGCUCAGGUUUUGUCUAAUUCAGUUGUCUGUUAAUUGCUGGUUAAACCAGUUUAACUUUGGGAUAAAUUGGUUUAAGCAUCCACAUGAACGACCUGCACUGAUUUAACUGCGCUUGCUGGGUGUUCUUCCCUGCUGAUCGGAGGAUACGUCCAGAAGCAGCUCAGGGAGUCACGACCCUCACGGGAAUUUUGCAGAUGAAGCUGUGGCAGAUCAGGCUUAAAGCUCGGGAAUGACUGAAAAUAGAGGGGGGACGCUUCUGAAAAUUGCUUGGGCUCUAAAUUGUGGUGUCUGAGUUAAUCCAGUGCGAUGUCUCAGGUUGGUCGGCUCAUUUUUCUCCAGCUGCUUGCAAUAACCUGGAAGGUUUAGCGUGAGAAGAAAUGGCGGCAUAGGUUCAUCCUGGGGGUUGAGUCCACUCAGCCUCGCCCCGUCUGAGGGACCGUUCCCACCUUCUGGGUCCCGCAGAAGGCGAGCCAGGACGUAGUGUUGCGCAGGAGCAGGGUGACUGAGACAUGGUGCGACUCGGAGAACGCCGUGCGCGUUUCUAAACAGCACCAAGUUCCUAUAAAUCAAAAGGCAGUAAGAGAGCAGGCAAAAAGUUACGGAAAGGCUGGGAGUGCUGCUUUGUCCUGAGGAAAGACCCAGAUCUCUAAUUGCAUCUCUCUGGCCAACGGAGGUGGAGAGGAGCUCCUGUGAGCCGUCAGAGGGAGCACCCGCAGGAGGGGACAAGGUAUUCCCUAUGGAAUAAUUAGGAGUAACGGGAUGAAAAUGAACAUAAAGACACUAAAGGCAGAUUCUGGGAAACCUUUUCAGGGAGGAGAAAUCUGUUCAUCUGGGAGGAGUCUGUUACGGGAAUGUUUUUUGAGCCCUGUUGUUUGGAACAAGGCUGGACAGCCUCCGGGAGCCCACUCCGUACGGCACGGGGCUGCCUGGGACCUUGCUGAGAGCAAAGGGCCUGGCGGCAGAGGUGGGAAGUGAUUCCUGCGUCUCGACUCCGGUCCUGCCUGAUAGGUCCAGGGGGGUUCACAGAGCGUUUUCCUCUGCAUCUUCCCAGUCACUGCAGCACCGAACCCUUCCCAAAGCUCCAGUACAGACAUGAACUGGGUUUCCAAAGGAGGGAGGCAGUGACCGGCAGAAGGGGCAGAGGAGGAAACACCAGUUGAGGAGCGAAUGUCUUGUCAACCCUUACACUGCCAAGAUGAAAGAAUCGGGGUGGGGGAGAGUAUUAAAUGUUCCGCUGCUUCUGCUGCGCAUUUUCUGUGCUACGCCGUGAUCUGGAAUCCACGGCAUCCAUUGGGAACGCCCCGAAACAUCGGCUGAGACUCAAGGUCCUGUGUCAGGUACUUCUGAAGAUGGCGCCCCGUAGCAAUAAGAACUCCCUUUUCACAGCGCCCGGGACCUGUCCCCGUGCCGCGGGUUAUCAUCUUCCUGGGGCUUCUGGAAAUGUCACCGAACAAAACGAACGAUGAUGAAAAUAGGGAGGGGUGAACCCAAGCACAGCUCCGAGCGGAACGCCUCCUCGGUGCUGUGGGGUAGUUUGCUUAUGCUAGGCCAGAAAUGGUAAACCAAUGAGAGUGUAUUGCCCUGAAAUUUAAUUUUAUAUAGUGAAUGUUUGAGGGGUUUCUGUUGAAAUUUGUUUUUUGUUUGGCUGGUUAGUUGGGUUUUUUACUGCUCCUCUUAAGAGUUUUAAAGCUUGACGGAAGAGUUUUGCUCACGUUAGACAGCGGCGCAUCCAGUGGACGCGUUAGGCUCUAGUGAUCCGUAGGCAGCUGGGUUGGAGUUAUUUUUAGAAUGGCUUCUGGGGUGAGCCACAGGAACGGCUCAUUGAUGCACAACAUCAGCCGCUGACUGAAACGAUUUUCCUCCUGCCCGUCGUUCCGGCGUCGUUGGCGGUGGGCAGCGCGGCCCGGUACCCGGGGGGUGGGCGGCGCAGCCUUGGCCGUGGGGGUGGUUUAUGGUGGAGUCGAUGAGUACAGGCACGUCAAACCCUUGCUUUUUACAACCAAAGUUCCUUAAAACGACACUUCCAGCCUCAUCAGCUCGUUCGCAGUCUUCUGGGGGGGCCUUGUGGCGGUCUCGGCGAUGUGCGUGGGUCGGAUGGGGCUGGUUUUUUUCCAGCGGGCUGGGGGGUGGGAGGAGGGAUUCUCUUUUUUUUUUUUUUCUUGCAAUCUAUGGAGAAGGACCUUUCCGCUCGAGGAAGGCGGCAUGUGUUCUGGAAGGAACAACACUCUUAGGAGCUGUUUGCCACGGUCCCUUUAAAGUUAUUGGGACUUCAAAUUUUAUAUAUUUUUCAUUAUUUAAAAGGAAAACUGAUAACGGAUGAACUGAAACAUUCGUGACAGGUGGCUAGUGGAGGCCGUAAGGCCGGGCGGAACGCACGUCGUCCGGAGCGGGAGGACUCUGCUCCGCGCCGGAGCUAGAAAGUGUCAUGCCGACAAACCAAACCAUCGGGAAAUCCUUGUUUGCAGCCAGUCUGAAAAGAGAAGCUGUUCCUCGUUCGUGUGUUCGUUUUGGUUUUUUUUUCGAAACCUCCUGUUGGGAGCUGAAUUCUUGUCGUUUCAUCGAGCAAACAAUUAAUGUUCUCCUUCCCCCCCCCGCCCUCCCUGCCCUCAGUGACUCCUGCGCGUUUCCUUCCUUUCUGUAGAUGCAGAUGUUCUAGGCAAUACCACAGAUGCACCUGCGCGUGUCUCUACCUGCGAGUGCAAGAAUCUCAUGUCAUCUUAAAAAAUACAAAAAAAAAAAUAUACAAAAAAUAUACAAAAAAUAUCUUUUUUAGGCCAGAGUUUUCUACAGGUAUUAAUGAAUAUUUUUCUUAAUCCUUAUAAGUUUUAUGUGUUUAAUAUUUCUUAAUACCGGUAGCAUUAAUUUAUACUUUUGUAGCAACACAAUAUUUUUAUAAACCGCCACCGCUGGCUUUGUCUUCAUAAUGGGGAAAAGUGCGGGCAGCUGGCCCCGCGCUGUACCAUGUACUGUAUUUAAAAGGUUAUCUAAUGUCACACUUGCUGUGUUAAUAAACAAAACAAAACCUGUUUGAAGUCUCAUGUAUUGUUGGUGUGGAUCGAAUGACUCAAUAGAGAGCAAUAUUGCACGGGGUUGAGUUGCUGAUUUUCAUUGUGAUAUACGAACGCUUGAGGCCAACUCAAGUUCUUCUGAUUUUUUGUUUUUUUUUUUCCUUUUUAGGAUUUUGGUUUUGGUUUGGUUUGUUUUGUUCUUUUUUUUUUUUUUUUUUUUUUUUUU